AUGAAUAAGUUUUGGAACACUAGAAAGUUUUCAUUUACAAAUUCUGACGGAUUGUGUGCUAUCUUAAAUGAAAUAUCUCAGAAUGAUGAAAUUCUUGUGGUACAACCUAGCGUUCUGCCCAUACUCAAUAAUUUACUGACUUUUCAGGAAUUGACCCAAUCGACACCUGUGAAAAAAAUUACGCUACUCAAUGAUCAACUAGGCGACGACUUAUCUGGAGCGCUAGGGACUGUCCCGCAAAUGGAUCUUAUUUUCCUUAUUGAUGUCAGAACAUCCCUUCGGCUUCCUCCACAAUUAUGCGAUUCUGCUCAGAAGCACAACCUAUCACCAUUGCAUAUAAUAUAUUGUCAGUGGAAAACUUCUUUUCCCGAAAAUUCAAAGAAUUCAGAGCAGUGUCAGAAGGAUGAAAAUACCUUGAACAUCACAGAACCACAUUUCCCCAAUGUCAUUGAAUCUCAACUAACAGAAAUAUCGAAUGAACAUUUUCUUUAUGCUUGGGAUCUCUUACCGUUCCCACAGAUUGACGAUAACGUUUUAUUGACUCAUUCUCUGUAUAACAUGGAAAAUGUAAAUAUGUAUUAUCCGGAGUUGCGAUCCUUGCAAAGUGCCACCGAAUCGAUAAUAGUUGACGAUAUGGUGAAUUCUCUGCGAAGUUUGAUCUUGGAGACUAACAGCAUCGUAACCAAUGUUGUAUCCAUAGGUAAUAUGUCCAAGAGAUGUAGUCACCUUUUGAAAAAAAGAAUUGACGAACAACUGACGGAAAACGAUUUGUUCAUCAAAGGUACACUUUAUGGUGAACGAACUAAUUGCGGACUAGAAAUGGACUUGAUUAUCCUAGAGAGAAAUGUCGAUCCUAUAACACCAUUGCUGACACAACUUACGUAUGCAGGAAUAUUGGACGAUCUAUAUGAAUUUAAUUCGGGAAUUAAGAUAGGGGAGAAAGACAUGAAUUUCAAUUAUAGGGAGGAUACAAUAUGGAAUGAUUUGAAAUUUUUAAACUUCGGAUCCGUUGGGCCACAGUUGAAUAAAUUGGCGAAAGAAUUACAAACCCAAUACGAUACAAGACAUAAAGCCGAGAGUGUACAUGAAAUUAAAGAAUUUGUUGAUUCUUUGGGUUCAUUGCAACAAAGGCAAGCGUUUUUGAAAAAUCAUACAACCUUAUCAUCUGACGUUUUGAAAGUGGUAGAGACUGAGGAGUAUGGAUCCUUUAAUAAAAUCUUGGAGUUAGAGCUGGAAAUCCUGAUGGGGAACACACUUAAUAAAGAUAUUGAGGAUAUUAUACUAGAAUUACAAUAUGAAUACGAAGUUGACCGAAACAAAAUUCUCAGGCUAAUUUGUUUAUUGUCUCUUUGCAAGAAUUCUCUCCGUGAAAAAGAUUAUGAAGAUCUGAAAACUUUUAUGAUUGAUUCUUGGGGAAUAGAAAACUGUUUUCAACUUGAAUCCUUGGCUGAGUUAGGAUUUUUCACCAGCAAGACUGGAAAAUCAGAUUUGCAUGUAACCACAACCAAGCCUACAAGAUUACAAAAAGAAUAUCGUUAUAUUUCACAAUGGCUCAAUACUGUGCCUAUAGAAGAUGAGCAUAUUGCAGGAAAAACCACAGAUGAAAAGGACGAGUUCAUAGAAGCUACCUUUGCUUACAGUGGUGUAGUACCAUUGACAAUGAGGCUGGUCCAAAUGUUGUAUGAUAGGUCUAUAUUGUUCCAUAAUUAUUCCUCACAACAACCUUUCAUACUAUCAAGAGAGCCCAAGGUUUCCCAAACCGAAGAUUUGAUUGAACAACUAUACGGAGAUCCACAUGCAAUCGAAGAGAGUAAGUGGGUCCCAGAAAGCGUUACCAAGAGGAUCAACGCCAACAUCAAAAAUAACAAGAGAAAGUCUAUAGACGGCUCCAAGGGAACUUUCAAUACCGUUGAAGAUAUUGCACUUGUAGUAUUCUUGGGCGGUGUGACAAUGGGAGAAAUAGCCAUAUUGAAGCAUUUACAAAAAAGUUUAGGUAAAAAAGGUAUUAACAAGAGGUUUAUCAUUAUUGCUGAUGGCCUAGCCAAUGGCGAUAGAAUUAUGAACUCUAUAUCUUAA